AUGGCUAUAUUAAAUAUAUAUUCCAGUAAUGUUAAGUAUUUGUACAGAGUGAGAGCCUGUUCAGUUAGUGCGAUUGUUGUAAUAAUAGCGAUGUUAUUUAGUCUAGUGACACCAUUAUAUUUUAUUUAUCAUACAGGAGGUUUUUGGAUUAGAACUCGAACUUAUUGGGAAAAACCAAAUGUUCACUUCAAACAUAAAUACUUUUUGUUGGCUGAGCGAGAAAACGCAAAUCCAGUGAUUUGUUCUACCUUUUCUCACUACAAAGAUAAUUUAAUAAACGACGACUGUCACAUUGUCAAGGUCAAAGAAGCUGAUAACGAUAAAAACACGAUACAGGAUUCUCUACACUUUGAAGCAUCGUUCUUUACAAACAAGCCAGUAACGUCUGUCAUGCUGUUAUUGUUCUUCAAUUAUGAAUUGAAGGAACACAUUCGGGUUGCGGUCGAAGCUAUGACUGCAAUUGAGCACACAGUGGCACACGAAGCUCAAGAAUUGUACUUUGUAGGGGACUUGGCAAUUCAUCAAAAUAGCGUUUUAUUGCACGAUGGGAUUUACCAUGCCGAGGAUAACAGCACUGAUCUCAAUCGUUUUACUUUGCCCGAAUUACUGAUAGAUAACGCAAAUCGAUUACUUUCAGGUAGAGUAUCGAACCUAAGGGUACUGCCCAACUUGGGAUUUAUAUCAGACGAGCAGGUAACAAUAAAGGCAGAAAUUUUCUACGCUACCCAAGCAAUAAAGUACCAGCCUGGAUUCUGGGAGGAGAUAAAAUGGGCCUGGAUGCAGUAUCUUUCGAUCUUUCUCGUCAUCAUUUACUUUGUCAGGAGGAGCUUGACAGGAAUGUUUGCUGCCAAGAGCUUGAGGAGCUUCGUUUUGGUACCUUGGCAGCAAAAGUCUUGAACUAUUUUUUUACAUUUUGUACUUUUCGACCAAGUUUUUUUUUCGAAAAAAACAGUUUUGUUUUUUCUAUAAAAUUUUUAAAACGAAGUAUUGUAUCUACGUUUAUUAUUUGACCAGACAACUUGCUAAUAUUUUUACGAAACACAUGAUACAUCAUAUAUAUAUACCUUAUCUUUUUA